GUACCGGCUAUCUUUUCUAUUUUCUUACUUGAAAAGUCUUAUUUAUUUGUCAUUGAAAGUUACGAUUUAGUUUUUUUUAAAAAAAACAUUUUCUUUUAAUAUAAGAUAAAUAACUUAUAUAAACCAGUUAAAAAGAAAACGAUUCCAUUUCUAUGUCACAUAGUGUAAGAAAUUCAAUAGGAAGGGGAAGUGGUCCUGGCGAAGGGUCUCGAGGCACUUUUCAGAAUGGAAACCGCGGAGGUAGUCCUUUCGCUGGUAGAGGUCGUGGUAUGGGGCGUGGUUUGGGGCGUGGUCGUGAAGAAAUGUCUAAUGAAGAAUUAGAGCAAGUUAAAACUAAACAAUAUAAUGUUCUAUUGGAAAAUUUACAAUCCUCCGCACUUUCAUAUGAUGGAAGUGACAAGCUUGUUUUUGUUUCUGGUGAUAGAUUGGAAGGUGCAUGGCGUGGCUUGAUCCGAAAAGAAUUUCGAGACCAACAGCAAAUGAGAUGGUUUAUAACAUCAUGUUUGUUGGAUGCUGAUAAACAAACUGGUGUUGCAGUGGAAACUCUCGUAGAGCAAUUAGGAAAUCCUGAACUUGGAAUUUCCCGUAUCCGAGAAAUUUGUCAGUACAACAUGUCUGUUGAUGCUGGAUUCAAAAAAAAUUUUGCUUCAUUUCAGUGUGUCAUUCUUCCCUUUCUUGCACUAUUAAUCCGUCAUGGGGUACGCGGUUCAACCUUGGAAAAACAACUUAAUACCAUAUAUUCAGUUGUUUAUUCUUAUAUCGACUCAUUCUUCCAUGAUAAGAUCAUGAGAUGUUUGGAUGAAUUAGUUAGAAGGAAUUCACUUCUGGAUAGAAACGUGGAUAAAGACAAAUUAUUAAAAAAUGAUCCUGAUAUUUUUAUUCCUUCAACAUUCGGUCAACCAUUCUUAAUUCUUGCGCGUUUUUUAAAUGAAUUGCUUUGUCGAAUUAAAGAAGCUUCCGUUAAUGAUACUGUCCACAAAAUUGUACAACGUCUUCAAGAUGCGUCUAAUGUAUGGAAAGAUUCUUUACUCGCAGAACGUCAAUCGAUAUCCGGAUCUGAAGAUGCAUUGGUCUCACAUCCAGAAAAAAGACGGUAUUAUUUUGAUAUCUUAGAUGUCGAAAUGAGAAGAUUAAAUUAUGUCUUGUCAGACGGACGUAGAUCUCUUAAUGCUGCAAAAAGAGAGGCUAAUAAAGCUGAAAUUUCUGAAACUGUUCUUGAAAGUCGUAAAAUGGCGAAAAUGAAUGAAUUUGAAAGAUUGUACGAUCCGCCAGGUGAAUUAUCAAAAUAUGGUCCAAGACAUGAUAAUGAUUUUCUGGAAAUAAGCAAAAUAGCUGUAAUUCCUACAAAGGAUGAAAUUUUGGCAUCACGUGAACCUUCUUUGCCUUCAUUUAUGUUGGAUCAUCCAGAUUUUUUACCUGAUGGAAUUUCGCGCCUUCUUGACAUGCAAUUCAGAUUAUUGAGAGAAGAUAUGCUUAAUCCAAUCAGAUUAGGUAUUUCACGCUUCCUGAUAGAUUUAGAUAAAGAUAAAUCUAAAGUCAAAAAGUUACGUGAAGAAGGUGGUAGAUUUAGAUAUGAUAAGGGCGAUAUUAGUGGUGACCUAAAUGUGUACGCAAAUAUUAGAUUUGUUUCCAUUAACGUACAUAAAUAUCGUGGAUUUAUUUCUCGUGUCGCAUUCACUCCACCAAAGAUAAGAUCGGCUAAAGAUGAGAAGUAUCGUCUUCAGUAUUGGGAACGAUCAAGAAAAUUAAUGAAUGGAAGUUUGAUUUGUGUCCUUUGGCAAAAUGAAAAUGGCAAUUCGCUCAAUAAUAAUGAAACAAAUCCAACACCGACUUAUUCACUUUAUUUUGGUGUUGUCGUUGAAAAAAACGAGAGACUUCUAUCUCGGUUUGAAACUGAGGCUAUGAUCGAUAUUCAUUUCAUAGAAUCUUCAAUCUAUCCUAUUGUUUUAGAAGAUAUUUCGAUGGGAAGAAACCAUCCUGCUCGUGUUAAGCGAUUUAUGGUUGAAUCGACGGGCGUAUAUUUUGAAUCUUACAAUCAUAUAUUAAAAACGUUGCAGGGUACUAAUCCUUCAGAUGUUCCAUUUCGACAAUAUUUGAUAUCACCGCUCGAAAGACAAUAUACUCAAGUAGCAACUCCCUUGUAUACGAGAGCUCCUAGAUUUCAUUUUGAUUUAUCAAUUUUAUUAAAAAAUCAUGGUGAUUCUUUAUUAUUAAAUGUACAAGAUGAAACAUCAAAAGAAAAUGCGAUCAAAAAAUUAUCAACUCCAGAUGUUAGCACUCUUGAUGAAACACAGUCUAGAGCGUUGGUUGAUGCUUUGUCUAGAGAAAUCGCUUUGAUUGAAGGUCCGCCGGGAACUGGGAAAACGUUUGUUGGUGUUGAACUUAUGAAAGUUUUACUUUCUGAAACAAAUCGAAAAGCAACUUCAAUUGGACCAAUUCUUACUAUUUGUUACACAAAUCAUGCAUUAGAUCAAUUUCUCGAAUGCCUACUUGAUAAUAAUAUUACCAAAAUCGUUCGUUUAGGAGCUAGAAGUAAAUCCGAUAGAAUAAAAGAGUUUUAUUUGGAUACUAUUUCUCGAAGUCGUCCUAAGAUUUCUCAUCAAGGUUUCAUGUUAUAUGAAGCUUUUGAUAAACUCGAAGAAAUUAAAAAAGAAGCAGUAAAGUUGCAAGAUAAGCUUUCUAGGAGGUGGAUGACAUGGGAUGAUGUUAAAAAUUAUUUGUUAGUCGAACAUACUGGUCAUUAUUUACAAUUUGCUGAUAAUCAUGGACCAGAUGUUCCAGCUCUUUUAUUAAAUAUUGACAGUGAAGAAUUUGACCAAAAUGAAUGGACAAUAGUUGGUGAAGAGAAAAUGAAAAACCAACCGAUAUGGGAUCAAUGGAUUAAUGGGGUUGAUAUUCGACGACGUGAACAAUUAAUUCAAGCAAUUUACCGUAAUCAAAAUGUAAUUGAAAAAAAAGCUUCUAAAAAAAGAAAAGACAAUCAAGAUAUUUCUAUGUUACAAUCUAAUAAUAUGUAUGAUUUUCUUAUGAAUGUACCUCGGGAUGGUGAGGAAGAUGGUGAUAAUGAGGAUGAUGAGGAUGAUGAGGAUGAAAAUGAAGAAGAUUAUUCUGAAGAUGAUGUUAAUAAUGACAAUUUACAAGAAAUUGAUAGUACAGAUAAUAUAGAAAAUGACGAAACCGAGUAUUGGUUACAAAAGUUAGUGAUUCCAGACGAGGAUCGAGAUUUAGAAAUAUUACUUGAAGAUUUAGAUGUAUGGAAUAUGUCUAGAAUUGAGCGUCAACGUCUACAUGAUCAUUUUCGGGAAGCAACACGUAAAAAUAUCAUUGAUGAACUUUCAGAUCUAGAAAAAAAGCAUACCGCAAAGAGAAAAGAAAUUGAAGAUAUUAAUGACGAGGGUCGUCGUGAAAUUUUAGAAAAUUGUCAAGUUAUUGGAUUAACUACGAGUGGAGCCGCAAAAUAUCAAUCGUUAAUUCGUUCUGUUGCUCCACGUAUAAUUAUAGUAGAGGAAGCCGGAGAAGUUUUAGAAGCACAUAUAUUAAGUUCAUUGACACCUUCUACUCAGCAUUUGAUCCUAAUUGGAGACCAUUUGCAACUUAGACCACAUAUUGCUACGUAUACAUUAUCUGUGGAUAGUCAACCUGGCGAAUAUUACAAAUUAGAUAGAUCUUUGUUCGAACGUUUAGUGAACGAAGAUGUUAUUAUGUCACAAUUAACCACUCAAAGAAGAAUGAGGCCGGAAAUAGCAGAUUUAAUUAGGAAAAAAUUGUAUCCAAAACUUAUUGACGGUGCUAUUACAAAGGAAUAUCCUAAAGUUCGAGGGACUCCACAUAAUUUAUUUUUCAUUAAUCAUGAGCAUCCAGAAGAUGCUGCUGGAUCUAACCAAUUUGCACUUCAAUCACACUCAAAUGAGUUUGAAGUAGCAUUUGUUGUUGAGCUUAUUCGAUACUUUGUUCGCAAUGGUUAUGAUAAACCGAAUGAUAUUGCUGUUUUAACCCCUUAUCUUGGACAAUUAAUCAAGAUACGAGAUGCUUUACGUGAAUCAUUUGUUGUUGUAAUCGAUGAAAGAGAUAGUCAAGAUAUUGCUGAGCUUCUUGAUGAAGCAGACCCAGAACUUAAUAGCGAAUUCGAAAAUCCUAAUGUUGGAACAAUAUCAAUUGCAGAAAAACGUUCGUUGCAGCGUCAAGUUAUAUUGAGGACUGUGGAUAACUUCCAAGGGGAGGAGGCGACAAUAGUGAUUGUGUCCUUAGUUCGAAAUACGUCAAGUGGUAGCCAUGGAGCUAUCGGAUUUCUAAAAUCACCUAACAGAACCAAUGUCCUUCUUUCUCGUGCAAAACAUGGAUUGUUUAUGUUAGGUAAUGCGGGAUUAUUAUCGGACCGUUCAGAUAUGUGGAAGUCUGUAAUUAAUUUAAUGCGUGAAAGGAAUCAAAUUGGAAAAUCUUUCCCAAUCCGAUGUGAAUCACAUCCAGAUAGUAUAAAUUAUAUCAAAAGUCCUCGACAAUUUCAAGAAUUGUCACCUGAUGGUGGUUGCAGUUUGCCUUGCCUUUGCCGUAUGCCCUGCGGACAUAAUUGUGCCUAUAAAUGUCAUCCUGAUGAUCCAGAACACGUUGGAGCAGCGAAAGCUUGUAUGCGCCCAUGUUUAGAAUUACACAAAAAUUGUAAUCAUAUUUGCCCGUUACCGUGUGGAGUUCCAUGUGGCGAAUGUGAAAUCGUUUUAGAAGAUAUAUUAUUACCUUGCGGUCAUAAUUAUCCCUCACCGAAAUGCUAUCAGACUCAAAAUCCAAAUCUAAUCAAAUGUACUGUUAUGGUAACUCUUACGUUACCAGCAUGUGGUCAUGAGCAAAAGGCACUUUGUGGUUCUUCAAUUAAAGACAUUAGUUGUGAUCAUGAUUGUGGUAUUAUACUGGAAGAUUGUGGACAUCCAUGUAAAAAUAAAUGCUUUCAAUGUCAAAAGAAAUCAAUUGAAAAAAACAAUGAUGUACCGAUACUUGAUGAACAAGGUCAUGUCAAGAGGACUGAUCAUUUAAAAUGUGUACAAAAAUGUGGAAGGAUUCUUUAUUGUGGUCAUCCUUGUUCAGUUAAGUGUCAUAGAGAAGGAUGCCCACCUUGUAAAGAAAAAUGUUCGAUCGCGUGCCUUCAUUCAAAAUGCAUGCAGAGUUGCGGCGAUCCAUGUAGUGCAUGUGCCGAACAAUGCAAUUGGUCUUGUCAACAUCAAGGUGGUUGUGCGCUUUCUUGCGGUGCCCCUUGUAGUCGUCUGCCUUGCAAUUUACAGUGUCAAAAGUUAUUAGAAUGUGGUCAUCGUUGUAUAAGUGUUUGCGGUGAAGAGUGCCCCCAAGAAUAUUGUGUAGAAUGUGCGAAGGAUGAAAUAAAAUCACAAGUCGUCGAUAUUAUUAUGCGAGAAACUUUCGCGGAUGUGGAUUGGAAUGCACAUAGAUUAAUUGUAUUAGAAUGUGGUCAUUGCUUUACCAUGGAAUCAAUGGAUUCACAUAUGGAGCUUGAAAAAUAUUAUGUUGGAAAGGCCGACUUUAAGACAAGUGAAACAACAUGGAUCGGAUUAAAGGCUCCGCCAGAGGAAAUUUCAAAGGCUAAAUGUUGUCCAAACUGCAGAUAUCCUAUUAACAAUGUUAACCGUUAUGGACGGGUUAGUAAGAAAAUUGCACUAGAUGCAGCAAAAAUGAAAUUUUUACAAAAGUUUACAAAAACAUUAAAAGGUGUUCAAGAUACAUUAGAAAAAAUAGUUCUUUAUUUGGAAACCACGAGAACCCAAUUCGUUGAUAAAAUUGUAAAAAGUGCAUCUGUGUCAGAUAAGAGUGGAAAACCGAAAAGAAAACAUCAAACAUCAAAUACAAAAGUUCCCGAACUUACACCCGUACAGCAAUUUGCAGAGAUUGAAUAUCAGGGUAUUUCCCAAGCCCAUGAGAAACUUUGGGCGAAGCAUGUUGUUCGCUUAAUUACUUGUUAUCAAGAUAUAUUCAUGAUUAUGACUGGCACUAAGGAUCCUCCAUACAAACAUGCGUUUGAUGCUGCUGUUGUAAAUUUAUAUCGUGUAAAAUCAGCCAUGGAAAACGAUAUUGACGAUAUUUUGAACCUUGUUGAAAGAAUGGAUACGCUUAAUUUAUCUGGGUCGAGUUAUAUGCGUAAAUUAGCUUUACAGAGGGAUUGUCUCCAACAAGUCGGUAUUCCUUUACCUGUUAUAAGUCAUGGAAUGUACAUAAAAGCAUUUUUAGAGAUCAUAAAUGUCCAAAAGACAAUGUUUAUGGAAGCCAAACAUGUUGUUGAGGCAUUGGAUUCGGCAUUACUUGAAAAAAUUAAGUUAUUAUACUUACGAAACAAUGUUGACAUAGCUACACAGCAAUCUAUCAAUUCUCGUAAUUCUUGGAUCAGAUUCACAAGAUUUAUUUUAGAAAAAACAAUCGAACAUCUCAAAAUUAUUUGUGAAAUUGCAAAAGAAACUAAAUAUUAUCGAGAUCAUUCUUUUGCAUCAUUGGAAUUAAGCGAAGUACAAUGUACAUAUGGAAGGUUCAUUUUAAGUUAUGAAAUUGUGAAUGAUAGGGAAUCUGCAUCAGAACAGGCAACAAAGAUGAAGAAAUUAGUUUUGACUCUUUGUAAAGAUAUUCAACAAAGAUUUAUAGGUUUACAAAAUUCAAUUAGACUAGUUGAUGGAGAUCAUAUCAAACAACAAUUUAUUAAUCGAAUGGAACAAGUAUUAAAUGAUGUUAAAGAAUUGGAAAACUGUAAAGACAAGACCAUUUUGAGAAGUGAGAAGUUAGAAAUAUUUAGAGCUAUGAAUGUGGAACUUCAAGGUUCAGGUCAUUGGUAUCAGUGUCCAAAUGGUCACACAUAUACUAUUGCAAAUUGUGGGCUAGCGAAUCAAGCGAGUUCUUGUCCGGAAUGUGGAGCUAAUGUUGGAGGAAUCAAUUAUAAUUUAUCUGCCGGAAAUUCCGCAAAUAGUGAAUAUGAAAGUUUAUAUCAAUAUAACAUAUAAUCAACAUUUUAAAUAUUUUAUUAGUUUUUGGGAAGUUUUUUUUUUUUCAUUUAUGAAAAAAUUUUGUUACUAUUUUACAUAAAGGAAAAAUUGAUUUUAUCUAAUAUUUAAAAUUGUAUCAAAUUUACGUAAAUUUCGUGAUAUUUAUGAUAUUUAUGAUAUUUAUAUUUGUGAAAAAAAUCUUGGAAAAAUUUCGGAAAAAUUCCGGUUAAAUAUAAAAAUUCCGGAAAUUUAUUUUUUCAACCGGUAAGGAGUUUAAUUAUAAUCGUGCAUAUACAAUUUGGAGUAACCAGAAAGACGUACUGGCUUUAAAUAAUCAUAUUGUAAUAAACUACAAAUAAUAAAUAAUAAAAUAAAGAUAAAAAACUUUUUUGCGAU